CGCCGCUCCUCUCUGUCUCAUACAGUUUUCCAGGAGGACCAGUCCCUGUCAGACUCCCUGCACACACACCCCAAGCACGGACAGCUGCAUUACGCACCAAACAAACAAACAACCAUGGCUGUACGGGACGCUGCCUCUCUGCUCGUCGGACUUCUGAUCCUCUGUCACACCUGGGGAGCCUGGGCUAAUAUCGAAGUGAACAUGGAAGACAGAGUGGAGGUGUUCAGAGGAGAUACGGCUCAGAUCGCCUGCAUGUUCAAAUCAUCUGAAGGCAUCGGCGCGAUGAUCAUACAGUGGUUCUAUGUGACAUGGUUGGGUGAGAAGCAGAGACUCUACUACCAGGACUCCACCACAAAGAUUCCAGAGCGAGGCACACCGUUCACCGACCGGAUUAGUGUGAAUGAUACCGGAGCCUCGGGAGAGGUGGUGUUGACUAUCAACAACGUGCAGCUGGCAGACGAACUGGAAUUCAUCUGUCUCGUCAAAAGUCUAUCAGAGGCACCUGGGGAGGGACGUACAAAGCUGAAAGUGUUUGAAACACCAGAGCUUCCUACCAUUCAGGGUGUGCAAACAGGGAUCUCAGUGAACGAUGACGGCCUGUCCCCGAUUGCGUCAUGCCUUGUCACCAAUGGCUUCCCGAAGCCAAACAUCACUUGGUACAGAAACCACACGCCACUACGCAAUAUAGACGAUGAGGUGAAAGUCAAUCCUAGCAGCACUAGUGAAUCCACUGGUCUGUACACAGUCAGCAGUCAGCUAAACAUGAAGGUGGUGAAGGCGAACAAAGAUGAUCAGUUCUACUGUGAGGUCACCUACUUUGUUCCUGGAGGAAUCAGGAUGACCGAGACCAACCGUAUUAACAUUACUGUACUCUAUCCAUCCACGGAAGUAAGUAUUUGGGUGGAUUCACCAAAGGGCAAAAUCAAGGAAGGGGACGUGGUCGAGCUUCACUGCCAAGGCAACGGGAAUAGUCCAACGGAAAUUAUGACAAUCAGUCAUAACCAGACUGGUCAGAUUUGGGACGGCAAAAUGUUGGAGCUGCAUAAUGUGACCCGUCUACACAAUGGACAGUAUCAGUGUGGCAUAGUAGAGUUGGACACCAUGGAGGAGAUCCGUGGAGUUACCUCCGUGUUUGUCAACUAUCUCGAUGCUGCUGUGGUGAUGCCCAAAGACACUAUUCUGGUGACCCAAGGAGAGGAGCUGAAAGCCACCUGCAACGCCCUCUCUUCUCUGCAGACAGACACAACUUGGUUUAAGAACGGAAAGGUGGUUACAAAGGGCCACAGUUUGAUGCUGAAGGACGCUACGUUUGACACAGCAGGGACAUAUAUGUGUGUGGUGACUGUUCCUGAGAUCGAGGGAAUGCAAACCAGUGAGGUACUUCAUGUUAAAGUCCAAGGCCCACCAAAGAUCAUGGAGCAGGAGCACAAAGAUUUGGAGGAGAGUGUUGGUAACGCAGUCGAUUUGAGCUGCAAUGUCAGAGGUUUCCCUGCUCCCAGUGUUACCUGGACCACCUCAGAUGGAAAGGUUAUCGAGACAGCAACCAAAGAAGAAACCGAGGAUGGGGUUCACAGCGUGGUCAGUAUCGAGGUCACCUCUGACAUCACUGCUUUCUGCAAUGCCACCAACGAAUACGGCACUGACGCCGUAACCUUCGCCAUCAAAGCCACGAUAAACACCACCACACCAGCCAACACCACCACCACCACUACUACUACUAGCACUACCACUCCUAUGCCCUCUAGCACAGUCAAAGCCAAAACAGCUAUCCCACCAAAGAAAAUCAAGCAAGGAGAGGGCAGAGGUGUCAUCAUUGCAGUCGUCAUUAUCUGCAUCCUGCUGCUGGCCAUCUUGGGGAGUACGCUCUACUUCCUGUACAAAAAGGGCAAGAUCUGUGGUCGAUCCGGCAAGCAGGACCUCACCAAAGAGAAGUCCAGCAAAGAUAACAUCGUGGUGGAGAUGAAGAGCGACAACACAGAGGAAGCCGUGCUGCUCGAGGUCAACGGAGAAAAGCGACCUCCCAGCGACCAGUAAAGGGCGGUGAGUACCUGGACGUGCAGAAGUGAGGAGAUGACUGCAGACGUUCCAACAGCUGCUCCUGUUCUUCCCUCUCAGGCUCAGACCAGCCGAUGCCUUCAAGCUUCCACCACAGCUCGUUUAGCCCAGAGUUACGUCAUGGAAAAGCUCAGCUGUCUGUCAGUUAAUAUUAUGAUGGACGGCCGAGACUCAAAUUACUCCAAGCUGCAGCUUCUAGCUUACCCGUCUUUUACAUCCCAGAAAACUUCUGCUGUAAUUCAGCUUGAAUUCGACUUUAACGAGAAGUGAUUUGAGCGGCCCAUGACAUAACUCUGCCAAUAAAUCUUCCACCUUUUAAACCAAGGACUGUCCAUUGCCUAUAGUUCUCGUUAUCAUGAGCCUUGUAUACUGCUGAUUGUCCGUAGAACAAUAAUUAGAGCACAACAUUGACCAGAGACUGUUUUUAUACCCGACUAAGCAUCACCUCAGGCAAAGCAAUCACUGAGAAGAGCAGCCCGAAACAGCUCUUUAUCAAGUGUAUAUAUUAUAAUCUAUGUAUAUAUUUCUUUAUUUAAAAUAACACAAUUGAAAAAAAAAACAACCAAAAAUAAUCAACCAGAUAGUGUUAUGGAGAGAAAGAAGAUUUAGGUAGGUGUCUGUUUUUCUUGUUCUUUUUUGUCCCUUUCCUGUUUUGCUUAAGUCUGUACACUGAAAUCUUUGGAGAUGCAACGAUGCUUCCCCCUACAGCCAGUUACAGCCUCACUAUAAAAGCUGCCUUUUAGUUCUGAAUACAACAUUGUUGGUCAUGUAGUCACACAUCGUUCACAUUUGUAGUUUUUCAAAAUUUUCUACCACUAGCACUCACACACACUUAUUUUCACACAUCCCAGUCUGUGCGUAUUAAAGAAGAAUUUUUUUUUUGUUGCGGGUGAAUAAUCUGUUCAACAUUUGACAUAGGAGAGUUAUAUGUUAUAUGUAGUUGUAACUCUUUAUGUUGAUAUUUCAAUGCGUGUGCCUGAGUUUAAGCAUUGCCAACAGCCGAGUUAAAAGAUUAUAGAUGCCUUAAAUUUUCAAUCAAAGCCUAUAGAAAUAUCAACAAACCCAACAUUUUGUAUUGUUGUUUAUAUUUAAUGUUCCGUGCACUGAUUUGUGGUUAUUCUUAAUGCAGCUGUGUUUCUCUAAUGCGAAACAGUUGUUUUGUUUAAUGUGACUGUGUGUGAAUUAAAUGUACUUCUGUAGCUAUAUUUUUUAAAUUUCUUUUUCAAGAGGAAGGAUGAGGGUAGAACAGAUUAUUGGUCCCUGGUAUGGCUCAUGGCAUGAAGUUGCCCUCCUUAUAAGAAAAACAUAUGUUUCUGUUUAAGGAAUUCAUUCAUGUGUUGACUGAAACUUGAAAUAAUCUGUUGGAUCCCAGAGAGACACAAAAUCCCCCUCAGACAUGACGACUAGUGACAUGACAACUUCAGUAUAUGACUACUGAGGAGGGCAAUGACUGUGACUCCACGUAUGCAAAUCACAUUUGUAGACAAUCAGGUAUCAUCCAUACUCACCCCUCGUGCCCUCUGUUAGUCUGUUGUUUUCUGCUGUUUUUAAGGACUACCACUGUUAAAUUGUUUUGGAUGUUUGAAUUUUAAUGCCUUGGAGUUGUAAAAUGUCAAUGUAUGUCAAAAAUGUCAAUGUAAUUGGUUUGAAUGUCACAGAUGACAUUCAAACCAAUUAGCUAAAAAAAAUCAUUGUAGUUUUUGAAAAUUAUACCAAAUAAAGAUUGACCGUUAAACGAAAAGA